CCGCCUCCACGGUUUGCGGCGCGCGCACCACGUUACGGCCACACUCACGCGCUGAAACACAUCGCAGCACGCUCACUACCGCCGCGACACACGACCGCCGGCUGCGCGUGAAAAAAUUCGACGCGGAACGGUCGAAGCAGCUUCCAAACGUCCAAAAACCGCCGCGAAGCACACGAUGUUCCUCAGCCCGGUCCCCGGCUCGCCCGCCAACGAGGAGCCGCCGAGCCCCCCGUCGGUGGCCAUGCAGGACUACUACCCCCAGGCGAAGUUCGGGUUCGGGCAGAUGUCGAUGAGCGACGGCGACGCGAUGAUGGCGUCGCCGCCGAAUUCGCGGCCGCGGAAGCAGCCCAAGCUCGGGACGCCGCGGACCAAGGGGACGCCGGCGAGCUGCGCGUCGACGACGACGGACAUCUGCGACAGCGACGGGGACGUCGGGGACGGCGUGAGCGACGACGAGGGCGACUGCGGGUUCUCGCUGCGCAUGCCGUCGGGCGCCGGCCCCGCGCGGGGCCUCUUCGGCGGCGGCGGCGGCGGCGCGGCCAUGGUCGACGCGCCGCCGGCGGCGAACGUGAACCCCUUCGCGCCCAAGGACCUGAACCGCUGCGACAGCGUGGACCUGAGCCAGUCGUCGUGCGACGGCGGCGGCGCCGCGUCCGCGUUCAAGGCGCGCGCGCCCGCGGCGCCCGCGCGGCGCGGGGGCCUCUUCGGCGGCGGCUUCGGCCAGGCCGCGGAGCCCGCGGAAACCGAGAGCCGCUUCCGCCACGACUUCGAGGUCGUCAAGUACGUCGGCGGCGGCUCGUUCGGCACCGUGCACAAGGUCAAGAGCCGCAUCGACGGCUGCCACUACGCGGUCAAGGCCACGAAGCACCAGUUCAAGGGCCAGCUCCACCGCGACCGCACGCUCAAGGAGGUCUUCGCGCUGGCGGCCCUGUCCGCGCGCGACGACGCGCACGAGGGCAUCAAGCACGCGUGGAUCGAGGACGAGCGGCUGUUCAUCCAGACGGAGCUCUGCGACGCGAGCCUCGAGAGCCGCGUGCACCGCCAGCGCUUCCACCCGACGCCGGAGAACCUCUGGGCCUUCCUGCGCCAGAUGUUCCUCGCGCUCGAGCUGCUGCACCGCAACGGCCUCGUGCACCUCGACAUCAAGCCCGGCAACGUCUUCCUCAAGGGCGAGGCGACCUUCAAGCUCGGCGACUUCGGCCUCGCCACCCAGAAGCAGUCCGGCGGCGGCGACGUCGUCGAGGGCGACUCGCGCUACAUGUCGCGCGAGCUCCUCGACGACGACGACUUCACGCCGGCGUCGGAGAAGGUCGACCGCGAUUUGACCAAAUGCGAUGUCUUCUCCCUCGGCGCGACGGCCUUCGAGCUCCUGAAGCGGGCGCCGUUGGCGCCCAACGGCCCGGCCUGGCACGCGCUCCGCGACGGCAGCCCGGACUUCCCCGCGACGACGCCCGCCGACCUCCGCGACUGCGUCGCCGCGCUCCUCCACCCGAACCCCGUCUGGCGCCCGACGGCCCAGAUGGCGCUCAUGCUGCCCCAGCUCCAGUCCGAGGUCCAGAAGAUGGCCACGGCCCUCGCCGUCGAGAAGCAGCACGUCCAGGAGUACCGCGCGGACGUCGCGCGGCUCUCGAAGCAGCGCCUCGCGCGGUCCAACACCUGGGCCUGAGACUACCAUGCCGCGCGCCGCGUCCCUCGACGCCGCCGCCCCUGUUCACCCCGCCCCCCGCCGAGCGCCGCCUCGACACCGCCAUCUCGCGCCUUUCUUUAAAAACUUGAAGAGCCUG